AUGGCGGCAAUGGACCCCCCGCGCGCUGUUGAUCUAGUACGGACGGCUUCGCAGAGCUCCACCAUAUCCAACCCACGAAACCGCAGCAUACAGCGCAUGCGCCCCUCGAAGCGCACUUCCAACACGUCUCUCAGCCGGAGUCGCAGCCGGGCGCCCUCGCCCGAAGUCGACACCAAGAGCCUCACCUCGUUCCCCUCGCUGUCGCCUAGCCCCGAGACGUCGCCGGCACAGGCGCGCGUAAAUGGCUGGUUUCGCUCGACACCACAGCCUGAAGAAAGCGUCAAGACGGCAGAGAGCAGGACGGUUGCGUCGCCCGACACGGUCAAGGCGGUCCCUCCGCCAGACCUGAGCAAGAGCACUACGCCCGUGUCUACUGUCAGGAAGGUCACCAAGUCGACACAGCAGAUAGUAGGCAGUCUGGUCGCAGCCUCGUCCGCCACCAACGACCGCUCCGCCCUCUUCGACGACACACCCACCGAGUCGGCCAAGGUCCCUGGAAACCUACACUUCGCCAGCGACGAGAGCAUACAGGAUGCGCUGCGACAGACGGGCGCAGUGGCCCUGGUCAAGCAACUCGCCGGGGACCUGGCCCAACGCGAUGCGCAAAUCACCGCCCUGCGACGAAGAGCCGAGGAGCGGGAGCGCAUGUUGAGGAAGAUGCUGCAGGAGUGCGAGGUCUCCAACAUGGACAUUGAGACUCGACUGCGCGAGCUGGACAAGGGCAAGGACCAAGGCAAUGGCCUCACCAAAACGCGGACGAGGGGCGAUAGCGCAGCAACCGGACUGCACCCAGACGACCCCAUGGAGGACAGACUAGCCAGAGCCAUGGAAGACGAACUAGCUGAGCAUCCCGAUGCUCUGGGCAUGGACACGGGCAAUUCAGCGCCACAAGCAGAAGUCAUGUCCAUCAACUCAGUCGUGUCGGAAACGCCAAGCAAACAGAACUGGAAGAAUUUCAUUUGGACCGGCACCAGCAGAAAGAGCAGUCGCGCUCCCUCUGUGGCGAGCAACGUGGACAGAGAGGCCGAGAGUAUGGGACAUACACGGUCACGCGCAUCUAGCGGAGCGAAGCCACCACGAAAAGCCCUCGCCAGCGAUCUCUUCGUGCCUCCCACUGGUGCUGUGCCCGCCUUGCGCCGACUCAACAGCCAGGACCAUGCUACAGACGCAUCGGCGCGUAGAUCAUCGUCGACGUCAUUAGCAAGUUGGGCGUUGAAGAUGGUCGCAGGCAACAACUCUGCAAAUGCUAACAAGGCCAACACUGUGCGAGGCCGCAAGUCCACUGCUUCGGAUGCUGUUGGCCGCGCGCCUUCUAUGGACUCGACCAAGACUGCGCAGUCGGCAAAGUCUUCGCUGGCAAGCACACAAAGGCGAGGCCGUGCCUUGGGCCCCAAUGGAACUAUCAAAAGCACCACGACAGAGCAGCCCAAGAAUGUAUCCAACGGCCUCGGUCCGACUCAGCCCACCCGCGGAAUGAGCAAUCUAGGGCCUGUGGAAAUGGACCGAAUUUUACCAGAGGACUCGCGCCCGCCGACUCUAGUACAGCAGCACAACAGAUUUAUCGGCAGCAGCGAGUAUUUGACUGAUAGAUUCGGCUUCAUCUAUGACCAGCGUCGCAAGAAGAGGCAGAGUGAGGCAGCAGCCGAGCUCAUCAGGCAGAAGCGCAGUAGCAAUGUCGAAUCACUUGGCGACGGCAGGACUGCACUCAAUCAUCUUGCUCUGGAUGAAGAUCCAGAACAUGCAAGUUCCGCUCCUGUAGACCAGAACGAUGGCACCGUACGCCCAUCCAGCUCCGACUCCGACAACCAACCGAGUCAGCCAGCUAGCAAGACCUGGGCCGACUACCUGAAGCUGGCCACGCAUCCAACUGAGCUACUGUCACAUACUCCAGCUGCAGCUGCUAUCACCACAGUAGAGUCUGCUGAAGGCGAGACCUCUUUCAAGAUUGGCCAGAACCAAAUCACGUUAAUGAAGCGAGGAUCCGUACCGACAACAAGCGUCAACCCAGAGCCAUCACCUUCACGCAUCGUCUCAGGUAAUGCAGAGCUUUCAGUCACAAGUACCUCGCCAGGCCCGUCUACACCCAUCAGCCAAUAUCCGCCGCAGCUUGACCCCGUCCAGUCCCUACUGGAGCAGAUGAGUGAGCUACACGACAAUCUUCAAAGAGAAAGGACUGUCAAGUGGAAUGACUUCUUGCGAAAAGUACGUGCGCAAAACAAGCGCGAAGGCGACGUUGCCAGUAUCGGCGAGAAUGGCAAAGCUAAUGCAAUGCCUGAACAAUUUCUUGCCGAUGGUGAGUUGGUAGGCAUCGCAGGCUUGGGUAACAAAGGCAAGAUCGGGCGUGCCAAGUGGUUGGAAUUCCGUCGCCUUGUUCUGGGUGGCAUACCCGUCAAUAUGAGAGCCGCGAUUUGGGCCGAGGGAAGCGGUGCGCUGCAUUUGCGUAUGCCAGGCUACUAUGAAGACCUGGUGAACAAUGGCGAGGAUGAUCCUACCAUUGCAACGCAGAUUCAGAUGGACAUCACCCGCACCCUUACCGAUAACAUCUUCUUCCGCACCGGUCCUGGUGUACAAAAGCUCCAGGAAGUACUCCUCGCUUACUCCCGCCGCAAUCCAGAGGUUGGCUACUGUCAGGGCAUGAAUCUGAUCACUGCAUGCCUGUUGCUAAUCAUGCCCACCCCGGAAGAUGCGUUCUGGGUUCUCACUGCGAUGAUCGAAGAGAUUUUACCUCAACAUUACUAUGACCAGCACCUUCUCACCUCCCGUGCCGAUCAAUCCGUCCUUCGCUCCUACGUCAGUGAGAUUUUGCCUAGGCUAUCAGCCCAUCUCGACGAACUAGAGAUCGAGCUCGAGGCCCUGACCUUCCAAUGGUUUUUGUCCGUUUUCACGGACUGUCUCUCCGCCGAAGCACUUUUCCGCGUCUGGGACGUCGUCCUCUGCAUGCACGACGGAUCGACCUUUCUCUUCCAAAUUGCGCUCGCACUCCUCAAACUAAACGAAAAAGCCCUCCUCCAAUGUGAUACUCCAGCCGGCGUAUACCACUACAUCAACCAUCAGAUGACUAACCACGCCAUCAGUAUCGAUGGCUUGAUUCAAGCAUCAGACGCUCUCGGAAAAGUCAUCAAGCGCAAAGACGUCGAGGAACGCCGUGCGAAAGCUGUUGCUCAUGAACAAGAACUCAUGCGACAAAGAGAAGAGGCGAGGCAAGAGCGCGCGAAAAAGAGGGCUAGCAAGGCUUCCACCGACUGCGCACCGCUACCUACGCAACCAGAAGAAGACACAAAGUCUCUCUCGGCUAGUCUUGAUGCCGAACUGUCGAUGCGAACAAGCCCUAUGGCCACGCCGCUUAGCAACGCGAGUCGACGAUCUGAAGAGGAAGAGGACGCAGAGCUCAUGAACCAAAGUCUGGAAUUGACAAACCGGACGCCGAUGCCUAUGGACGAGGAGUUCAUGUGGCGCGGCUAA